UUUCUUUACACUGAAAUGAACCAUUAGCCUUUCAUCCAUAAUGGACGCUCUUUCAAGGAUUGGAUUCUUACCCUCUUCUUCUUCUUCUUUUUCUUCUUACAACCUUCAGCUCCCCAGAAUUCAUGUCUUGUCUCGUUUCCCAAGUUCUUUUUCCACUUCUAUUUCUCCGUCCGUCUCUGUUUUAAGAGCUGCUCCUCCUUCAGUGACAGUGACUGAUGUAGAGGAGGAUGCCUUGCAAAUAUUUCUUGAGGAGAGAGAAGUCAAUGGGGAUUUCAUAUCAAGGCUGUCUGAUAUGUUAUGGCAGAGAAAGUUCAGAAGUACUUCUCUUGAAUCUUAUGAUAUUGGCAACACUUCUCAACAACCAGGGCAGAUCACUGAGAGUAAUAUUGAUGAUGAUGGCUUUUUGAAACUUUCAAGAACCCAGGAGUGGGUAUUAGGUGAAAAUUCUGCCCCAAUAAACAAGAAACUGAAUGCUAAGAUGUUGCAGGAUAGCAGCGAACGACGGAGGAAACUGAACAUUCUGAAAUAUGAAUCUCUCAAGAGGGAAAUACUUCUCAUAUCCAUAGGUAUUGGACUAGCUUGUAGUGGAUAUUGCUUCAUAACUUUAUCAGCACAGGCUGCUUUGAGUUAUGGGAUUGGAGUCCUUUUCAGUUGCUUGUAUCUUCGGCUAUUGUAUCAACAUGCAGAUAACCUCUCCACCGAAUCUGUUGCUCAGAUAUUCAGAAAAAAGAAGCCCAAGAAGAUUGGUAUAAGAAGUGAGGACCUACAAGAUUCAUUGGAGCGGUUGAUAAAGGGUUGUAGCAUGUCCCUCUCAUCUCCAAGGCUUGUGAUUCCGGCAGCAAUCUAUGGUAUUUGGGUUCUGUCCCAUCAGUAUUUUACCAAUGAUUUCUUUGAUUUUCAGCUUGUGCCGGCCAUGUUUGGGAUGUUUGUGUACAAGGCUGCAGUUCUAGUUCAAGUUUACAGAGACAAUGAAGACUUGCGGUUAGUAUUUCCAGAAAAUGACUUACUCAAUUGAAUAUUUUAUUUGAAGGGAAAUGAAGAGAGCUAUGGCCAAAGCUAUGCACUGCUUAAAUCCCUUCAAAUUUCAAUGGUUGAGGCCGUUGUUGGCAUAGUUAGAGUUGGUUCACUUGGGAAUUAUAAAAUAUCAUUAAUGAUAUCCAUAUAUCCCCUUUUUUUCUUUAAGUAUCAAGCGCUGCAUCAAAAUAAUGUAAUAUGAAGAACAAAUAUUCCUGUAAAAUCCUAAUAUCCUUAGGAUACAUUACUUAUUUUGUCAACG